AAUUGCUCCUCAUGGAGUCAGUUAAUCGGUUGGUGUUCGGCACUGGCCGCAUUCUAGAACGUAAAUGUCCGAACACUCUGACCGCGCAACACCUCCAAAUCCGCCCCAGUCACCUGUGCAAAUCCAUCUUUACACUGACGAGCACGGUUGGACGACAAUAGAUCCAAAUGUUCCACUCAUCCAGCAACCGAUUGCCACAUCAUGGUUUUCCAGAGAUCCGAACGUUCAGCAGGAUCAUACCGGAUACCGCGCCGUGUGUAUGCACUCAUCUUUCCCUCAAAUCACGGAUGUGUUUAUGCCCAUCAGCAUUUUGUCAUCGUCGAUGCAGAGUACUAAAGGGGUCUGGUGACGCUGCUAUGACCACAGCGACGACCUAGCCAGAUGCUGCGCAACAGAGAAGUGUGCUAGUUUCAUCUGGUUUGCCAGCUCAACACCACCCGAAUGAUGCACAACUGCCAACCUCCGCAUCUCAGCCGAUUUGGUUUCACCCUCAACCACCGUUCGGACGUAUUCCACCACCACCCGGAUUCGACUCUACUUCCGGUCCUUGGGUCCCGGGUGGAUUCUUUUUUCCCAUGGGGCAGCCUCCAUUUGCGUACGUAGCCCCACAUCCUAAUUCCCAAGCUGGUCAAAUGCCGUCGGCUCCUGGGGCGUUCAUUCCGCCUUGCGUACUACCCCAUAUCCCUGUAAUAGUUCCUUGGCUGACUCCGCUGUUUACCCCAGCGUCUCCUACUGCACCAAACGUAGACCAGGAUUUGUCAACGGCGGAAAACCCAGGUGGUCCACCUUCCAACCAACAACGAGGCUACAACAACCAGUCAAACACAGCGUUUUGGAGUCCGCUUGCGCGCCACGGCUACAGUGCUUCACUACGUCCGACUAACCCACCCGGGCCGGAUGGGAUUUUCGCAGCAACUUAUAUCCCGCGCAGCGAUAGCCAUCAGGGCAUCGGGGACACGACUGAUAAACCCAGUCUCGAUCAUACAGCGAGUUGGUCAUGUCCGCAACCUUGGUACGACAACAAACUACUAAAUGGCGUUUUAGUUGAAAAGACUCAGAGUAAUGCAAUGCCCUCAAAGGUGAGAUAUCGUGUACGGAAAUCUACUGAACCGAAGGAUGGAAUUUCUCUCUGGCGAACUGAAAGAGCUUACUCGCCAUCCCCUUUGUUUAAUUCCACAAAUCUCAGUCACCCGAAGUGCGAACAUGGAUCAACCUUGAACAAAUUGCCAACUAAUGAGUGUGUGCAUGUGAGGAUCACAGGUACUUCGCGUUCUACUCCUCGAAACUCAACACCCAUCAUAGUCGUGAAUGAUAGGCACUUGCCUCCUCCACCCGCAUGUCGUUGCUGUCAAUGCACAGGGACCAUCGGAUCACGCCAGCUUACAAACAAUGAGGAUUACGCGGUCGUUGUGCUGGCCUCGAAUAAGUUGGGCGCCCAACCAGCGCGAUACACUGCUGCUGAAGAGCGAGUAAUGGAUCAAGUUCGAUGCUUCUGUUCCACCGACUUGAACGCUACUCAUUCAAUAGAGGCGGUGGAACUCCCGGUGAAUGCAACGACGCGGGACCGGUCAGCCACGCCGGUGACUGUGCCCAACGCAGAGAGUCAGGUUUCGAGUGAUUCCAUACUCACGGCUUUUGUCAAUGCUGCAUCGCGAAAACUGGACAACGAUUUGAAACAGAGGCGGAUGAACAGAUUGACCCCGGGUAUAUGAGCAAUUCGAGUCAGACUUAUCUUUUCAUUCGUUUCGGUCUGAAAAGGGAAAGGGAACUCCAAUGUUCACAUUUCCAAUGCCCUACAAGACAUUUUCUCUCCAUUUCGUCCGAUCAUUUUCAUUCUCUCCUUCUUAAUAUUUCCGCUUUCAUUUCUUCGCUGUAACAUGGUUACUUUGAAAUUUUCAGCCCAAAAUAUAUCUAUGGAUGAGUUU